GCCUUCUUCUCUUCGACUCUUCCUCACCAGCAGACCUACCCCGGCUCCCUGCGUGACCGAAGGACCCAGAAAUUGUUUGUGCGCCGCUUGCGUAUACAAGUUCCCCGCAUUGCUCCUUUGGUAUCCAACUCCCGUUAUUUUCAACCUAUAUACAACCCUUCAACUUGUUCACUUACACUCUACACACGAUGUCUUCCGACAACGACUUCGCCGGUAGCGACACUUCCGCUCCUGGCGAGAACUCCUUCGCCAAGGGGGCAUCCGGCAAUGACGGCUUCUCGCAUGUCGCGCCUCAAGACUCUGGCGCUUCCUCCGAAAACCCGUUCACUGACCAGACGACCCCCGCGCAUGGCUUUGGUGCUCGCCCCAAGCUCAUCCAAUCCGACCAGCACCACGCGACCAGCUCAGCAGAGAUCGAGGCCCUGCUGCGGCCCUUCUUCCACCACACCAACAUCCCGGUGGGCGCGGAGAAACCCAACGGAUCUUUGCGCCUCUCUCGCGACUGGGCCAUCAAGAUGCUCGGCGCCAACCAGUUCCACCGCGCGGACAAUGGCCAGCUGGUCCUGAAGCUGUGCUCGGAGCUGAAGGUUAGGGGCGGAGGCGGACUCAAGCUGCCAAUAAUUAUAAUCGACUGGCUGGUGGAUGCCCAUGGUCAGGACGAGGUCCUGGUGCCCGCGGGAGUGGUGAGGCUGUACUGGACGCGGCCCAGGUAUACCGAUGGUUAGGUUGUAGGUCAACCAUGAGUUGCUCCCGCAUAAUAAUGUGCUAAUGUGCUAAUGGUG